GCAACAAACAACAACACGGCCGUGGUGGUGGUGGGUACCAGAAAGUGUAUGUGGUGCUGUAUGGAUGGGCAUUGAUUUUCACUUUAUAGAUGAUGGCAGGACUCGUAAUAUGUGAACCUACUGUUUUAUAUAAUAUUUUACAACAAGCUACAAUAUAUCCAUGUCUCAGUGACCCAAAUUAUUUACUUUUGUUGGAUGCAAGAAAAACUAAUGAAUACAAUGAAAGUCAUGUAGUCACAUCAAAAAAAGCACCUAGGACACCUGAUGGUGAAUUCCUUGUUCCUUAUGAUUCUGAAUUAGAAUGCAAAUUACAUGUUGUCGUUCUUGAUAAUAAUACAAGAACUCUCAAAGAAAAUAGUCCAGCAAUUGCCUGUGGUAGAGUCAUGUCUGCAAUGGGGAGUAAAAACCCAGUGAAGAUUUUACGCGGCGGUUAUGAAGAUUUCUCCGCACUCUACCCUUUCCUACGAACUCAGAAGAUUAUCUACAUGCCAAGGGAACUAGAUGCACUAAAGACGUACCCAAUUGAGAUUCUUCCGGGGCAACUGUACUUGGGCAACUAUCAACAAGGAUGUGAUGCUGGAAUUCAGAAAGAUCUUAAGAUCAAGGCUCAUGUAAAUGUCUCUAACGAAGAUGACACCUUCUUUGUAGACGAAUCCACUGGUGAUGUAUUUAACCUACCAGCUAAAGAUGAAGAUGAUGCAAAUAUCUUCCCAUAUCUUCCAUAUGUCUGCCAAUUUAUUAGUACAAAACUUGAAGAAAACAAGCCUGUUUUAGUUUUCAGUAAACUUGGAAUUAGUCGAUGUGUUAGUAUUGUUCUUGCGUACCUCAUGAACUUCUACAAGUGGACGUUACAGGAUGCUUAUACACAUGUGGGUGACUGCAAACACAACAUACGCCCUCACCGUACAUUUGUCAAACAGCUGUCUGAAUGGGAGGAAUCAUUAUUUGGCGAGAGGCCCACGGACAUUGAAAAUCCAAACUAUUAACUUAUCUAUAGUCUACCUCGUAUUUUGUAUUUUAUUGUAAUUUAUAUUUAAAUAUAUUAUUAGUCUGUAGAAUUCUUGCACUACAGAUGUUGCUAUAAAAUAUAUUGUACUUAAUAUAGUUGUU